ACGAAGUUGGAUAUGGGAUACGAAUGGGCCGAUUCAGUGGGCAGGAUGAAGCUGCGGAGGUUGGACGUUAGCUUCAACCCUAAUGUGACAGACAAGUGGCUGGCGAGGGCCUCCCGGGGCUUCGGACAACUCAAUGAACUGCUUUUGGAACGCUGUGCGGGUCUUACCGGCCGGGGGGCAAGAACGGCGUGCACCGCGGCAGGCCCGGCGCUGCAAGGCCUGCAGCUGGGCUCCAAUACCCAGCUGUCUAAUUGCUUCAUCGAGGAGAUUGUCCGGGCUUGCCCCAACCUCGUGUGGCUAGACAUAUCCUUCUGCCACGGGAUAACGACUUACAUAGUGGAACAGGUGGCAAAUGCGCGUACAGUCCGGACCAAGAGGAUGCGGCUGGUAGCCGAGUGUACCUACGUCGAGGACGAUGAGGAGGGCCUAUUCCCGUGGAUAAUCGCCGAAUUCGGCGACAACUAUACAGCCAACAGCCUUCUUAAUUCUUAUUCCUUUCCAUGUAAUACCAAGAAAAAAGAUGUCAAGCCGUAA